AUGAAAAUAACGCCAAGGACGCGGCUCGUGGUCCAGACGCUCCAGCAGCCUGUUGUGUCUGUCCCCGAAGUUGUGCGCAGGGUCUCUCUUCUGCAGGGCUCGUGGUCCAGGACGCUCCAGCAGCCUGUUGUGUCUGUCCCCGAAUCCGGAGCACCCCGACCCUGCUGCUACUACCUCGACCACCACACCAGACUCCAGACACACCACCAUCACCGUCUCCUCCAGCACCAACAGAAGUACGCACAACCACCACCAUCACCAGCGGCAGCAGCAGCCUGCGUGUGCACCUCCAGACGCCGCCGACGUUUCCCCGACUGCUGCGGCCGCUUCCCGGGAGAGCUGAGGGGACAUGCGCCUCUCACUCGCCGGUUCCCGGUGGCCAUGAAGCGGCAGAACGUGCGGACGUUGUCCCUGAUCGUCUGCACGUUCACCUACCUGCUGGUGGGCGCCGCGGUGUUCGACGCCCUGGAGUCCGAGUACGAGAUGCGGGAGAAGGAGCAACUGGAGGCGGAGGAGAAGCGGCUCCAGGGCAAGUACAACAUCAGCGACGAGGAUUACCGCCAGCUGGAGACCAUCAUCAUGGAGGCAGAACCGCACCGCGCCGGGGUGCAGUGGAAGUUCGCCGGCUCUUUUUACUUCGCGAUCACGGUGAUCACCACGAUAGUGCCAAACGGAACAAGAGCCGGGGCAAAGUUACCCAACAACGUGUUGCUGCAGCACUAG